AUGGAUAUCUCUCAGUAUGUAGUGAGUGCGGAGGAUAUUGACGCAUUGUCUACAUAUCAGAUUACCAACUUUUUCCGCCGGCACAAAUCCAUCACGAAGGAUGACUGCAAUCACGCUGCUGCAAACAUCACCGGCAAAUUGGUCUCCCCCACGCCUGUUCAGGGUGAGACUAGCUACACCGUAGCAACUGACACCGACCAGCUACCGAAAGUCGUCCAAUUCCGCUAUUCCGCCUUGAAUCUUGAACGUAUAGCCCAAGCACGACAAACUUACGGGGAGUUCGUUCCCAACUGCAAGCCCUGCGGCAUGUUGGCCGACGUCUAUGUAUACGAGAUGGAUUGUAUCCCCGGAGCUGCCUUCUCUCGUGCCCGGCCUCAACUCCUCGCCACCGGGAUGGAACAAUGUCUACUUCGAACUGUGCAGGACUUUGCAAGGUCUAUUGAUACAUUCUUCGCUUUAGCCUGGAUUAACAGGCCAGCUUUGGAGCAGUCACUGGACACCUCCCGCCAGUUGUUCGCCCAUUAUUCACAGAUCCUCGACCAGCUUUCCCAAAGCCUACCCAAGCGCUUUCAGGCAAAGCUAGACGAGGUCCGGCAAGGGCUCCCGCUGCUCUUUCGCUCUGAUUACCCCAUGAUACUCAACCACGAUGACCUCUUGGAGAUGAAUAUCCAUGUGGACGAGGGAACUGGUCGCAUCACUGGCAUCGUCGACUGGGCCGAUGCCAAGAUUGCCCCUUUCGGCACGUCGGUCGGUGGUCUUGAAACCGUUCUUGGCGCCCAGACUUCGUCGUGCUGGUUCUUCCAUCCCAAUCAUGACUACCUGCGGGCGCAGCUCUGGGACACUUUCUACGGGGUCAUUGGGUAUAUCUCGGAUGCUGAUCGGCAGGCAAUCGAAGACGGGAGGGUACUCGGCUUGUUCCGAACCUGCGGCUUCGGCCGCCGGCCUGAGAAGGAGAAUGCGACGCCUUUGAAAGAGGGUGACGAGGAACUCGUGUGCCUCGAAGCAUUCUGCCUACGUUAG